GAAAAAUGUAAACAAGCGGGCCCUAUCAAAUCAUCAUGUGUUGAGUGGUUUAGGUCAAAAACUAGGAACAAGAACUGAUGGUUACUGGUCUCUUCUGCGAUUACUAAAGACUUCAGAAUUGGUAAUUUACUGAUCUCCAGUGCUGGAGUGCUGACAAAGAAGACAUAGAGUGACCGUUGAGUUUACAAUGAUGUUUGAAGUGAUACAUGAAAACAUAAUGGAGGAUGUACAUAAACAGCUGAUCUCUAACUCUAGCGCCCUUAACCACUGGCAGAUGCAAGUUGUUGGUUAUAUUGAUUUCUGUGCAAGUUUGCUAAGCCUGUGUGGAUCUUCAUCCAUUCUCAUCAGUAUUGCCUAUAAAUGGAAAGCCUAUAGCAAACAUGAGAUUCAGCCAAUUUUUUACCUGUCUUUGGCCGAUUGGUUAGCCAGCUUCUUUCUCAUGAUAUGUUGUAUAAUGUACAUGGAGACACAAUCUAAUGAUGAGGGACCAUGUUUGCUACUUACAGGAAUUACAAUGAUCUUUUAUUGCAAUACCUUCUUCUUAACGUUAUGUUACGCUGGUGAAGUGGUCCUCAAAUUGAAGUUGGUGUUGUGGGGAGUGACGCCACGCGAUGAUAUCCCAAUAUCAGUUCGAGUGGUACGACAUGUCAUGUACGCAAUAUCAUGGUUGUUCCCAAUCAUAGGUGGAAUUGUUGUGAUGUGUCUGAUCUUUCGAGAAUGGUCAAUUUCAAAGUCUGAUCCAGCACAUUUUUUUCCAGUCAUUCCCAUGGGGCAUGACUGUAGCACGUGCAUUCCUCUUUUCCACUACAAUGAAGACAUUUGUUGGGAGUGGACAACCUCAGCUUUCUUCAGGCUACGAGUGGUCGUGAAGUACCUCUUCUUGAUCCCACUCAUAUUGACAUUUGUCGGAAAUUUUGCUAUUUAUUUCUAUGCUCUAAAGUUAGUGCCACAGAUACAAAGGAAAAGAGGAAGCAUAACCAACCUAGAGCAUACUGAGAAACAGAUGACAAGAAAUAAAGCAAUUCUAUACCAGAUGGUCUUCCUCAUGUGCUGGAUACCAAGUUUAUUGCUUGGAUUCAUCUCUAUGUCUGGGUCGUUCAACAUGAACACCUUCUUUCCCUUAUUCGUCACACAGGCAUGUACAGCUCCCUUGCAAGGAUUCUGGAAUUCUUUCAUAUACGGUUGGAAGAAGGAGAGCUUUCGUCGACCAUUCAGGGUUACACGAACUGGAGACACUUUAUUAAGGUCAACUGACACUGGGUAUGGUACAAUUUGAUAAGAUAGAUGAGUUAGUCCUGUUAUGUAAGCUUUCUUUACCUCAUUCAGAACUGAGUCGUUGGACCAACCUGAAUUACAGUAAACUACAUGUACUUGUAAGUAAUUUGGUGUUACAUGUAAGUGAAGUGAUGGAUCUGGGUAAAUGGGUAUAAUAUGAUUUAGUGAAGUGGUGCUAUCAGUCUUCGUACUCUUUAAUGAGUAUUUCUGGUGUCAUAUUUUUCGUGUAACGUGAUCAUAAUAAGAAGACUAGUUAUUCAUCUACAAAAGUAUUGUAUAGUUUUACUAUAUGGUGUCAUGUGUAGUCUUGCCUGUUUUCAUCAAUGCAAAGUAACUUGCAAUGCAUUUUUUGAAUCCAUUCUGGUUCUAUGUAGGUGGUGCACUAAAUUUUCAAAGGGUUUGCCAUGUUAUGUAUGUUAACCUGCAGGUAGGAUGUGAGCAGUCUACAAAGUAGGAGCUUUUUCAAUAUAAUUAAAAUAUAUUUGUUGUUACAGAUAAACUGUCAGUCUGUAUAAUUUAUUCUCUCUGGUGCCAAAUCAUGAUUUUAGAAGUAUGAUUCAUCUCUAUAAGAGUAAUAAACAUUGACAAUCCUAGAA